CGUUUUACGUAGCUUAUAUGAAUUGCGUAUUCUUAUCUCUUGGUUAUUUACUUUUUGCCAAAAGUGAAAUUGACAGAAGAUGCAAAACGAAACAAAGUUUACUUACCUGCCUAUUAAAUUGAAAUUUGUAAUUUAACUCAUUAUGGUUCUUAUAAAGUUAAUGUUCUAAUAAGUUUAUACGUAAUGGCAACUGAAAUAUUUUAUUGUUGUAUUUUGUGUGUAAUUUUUGCUCACGUUUGGUCAUCAACUGACAUGACGGAAAGCUCUUUUGGGAAAUUCAAAGAGGGAGUAAUAGCUUCGUUUGGCGAUUUUAACUCAGAUGAAUUAACUGAUGCGUUUGUUAUUAUAAAUAGUUCAAGUAUAGUAGUAUACUUAGCUCAUGAUAAAGAACCUUUUUUAAGACCAUCUUCGUAUGCUUGUAAUUUUACCAAUAUUGAGAUCACUAGCAUUGUACCAGGGGAUUACGAUGGUGAUGCUUACAUGGACAUACUUUUGACUACACAAAAUGCAAAAUUACAAAAUAAAGACAGUUUGCAUGAAAUAAGAGUUAUAUGGGGAGGGAUGCCUAGUUUAAACUGCACUGAUGCUCUCCAAGUAAAAGCUAUUAGUUUUGGACAACCAUUAGUCAUGGAUUAUAAUCGUGACAUGACAUUAGAUUUGUUUGGUAUAAAUACUAAUGGUGAACGAGUAUUUUGGAUAUUUGAUCAGUCAAGGGAUCUACCCAGAGAAAUAAAGAUGGGUGAUGGAAUAUAUAAACAAAUAAAACUUCCACAUUCACACUCAUUUUUAGAUAUCAAUUUUGAUAAUGCUGCCGAUUUAUUACUGACUACGACAUUAGAUAUUGAAGUGUGGCUUAAUGAUGAAGUCAGUGGAUUCAGGUACAAUAAUAGCAUAGAACUACUAGUUGGUCAUCCAGUAAUUUAUGGUCAAGCACUUUUCAUUGAUGUAGCACUUUCAGGUCAAUUCUUUUUAGUUAUACCUGUGUGUUAUGAUAUUGAAUGUGUAAAUAGCACUGUAUUAAUUUAUGACAAUAAAAAAUGGCAUGACUUGCAAAUUGACUUCAAUGAUGGCAAAGGUACAUUAUGGAGAUUUACACCUCCAAGGAAAGAAAUAUACCUAGACACAAUAACUAUGCGUAGUGGAGAUUACAACAUGGAUGGAUAUCCUGACAUAUUGAUGACAUUAAGCCCAGUAAAUAAUAAUGAAACUAGAGUAUUCUUAUUUCAUAAUAUUCCAUGUGAGCUACCAGGAUGUAUAUUUUAUAGAACAUUUAAGGUCCAAUGGGAUAAUUUUGAUGCAUUUGGAAAAGAUGUUGUUAUGGCUACAUUUUAUGAUUUUUACAUGGAUGGUGUGCUUGAUGUUAUAUAUGUUAAAAAAAAUCACACAUCACAAAAGUAUACUAUGCAUGCUUUUAAAAAUGAGCUAGAGUAUGAUACAAACUUUAUAAAGGUAAUUGUUGUAACUGGAUUAACAAAUGAAAAGGUGCCUGUUAUUAAUGGGACUUUAUAUAACAGAAAAGUAACAUUUGGAACUAACUUACCAGGCCCCAAGAUUGGCUAUAAUACUUGGUCCCAAGAAGGCAAUUACAGAACUGGAGUGUGUGCACAAUUGUCCCAGUCAGCAUAUUUUGCUCUCCAACUUCCUUAUUCUAUAUUUGGUUUAGAUCGUACACCAAAUUUUGUUGACACUUUGUCUGUAGGUCUUUCAGGUUAUUCAAAAAGUUGGACCCAAAUAAUUCCCAAUUCUCAAAUAGUAGUAAUUCCAUCACCUCCCUUUGAUCCUUCACAGUGGAAAGCUCAAUUAUUUGUUACACCGAGUAAAGUAAUUCUUAAAAGUGUAUUUGUGUUAUCAGCUAUUUUAGUUGUAAUAACAGGUCUUGUACUAUAUCUACACUGGAAAGAGAGAAAUGACCGUCAGGACAUUAUUGAAAUUGAUGAAAAAACCUACGUCAAAAUAUAAUAAGUAAUUGUUAUAUUCUGAAUAUAUGUAAAAGUUUUUAAAAACACAUGAAAGUUUAAAUGUUUAGAAGUUUGUUAUUUAAUAUCAUUCAAAUAAAAUUUAAUAUACAAAGUUUAUUAAUUAUGUAUAUUAAUAUUUUUUCUUCACUACUAUAUAAUAGUUUCUCUAGAGAAUGAGCACAAAAAUAGUAUUACAAUUACUAGAUUUUGUCCGCUACUUUGAACGCAUACACAUCAGAAGUAGGACAACCAAUGAAAUAGGCCACUUCUAGGUGGCAUAUCAAAAAGUAAUAUAUAGCACAUUUUAAAUUAGAUCUUUAGGAAUACAACUGUAAAAACCUUAUCCAAUUUGGUGCAAUAGUUUUCACAUACUGCUAGAAAUAACAUGAAGACAGACAAAAUUUCUAAUAAUUAUUGUUUUUUAUCUAUUGGUCCUAUUAACAUCCCUCAUAAAUCUUUUUCUUAAAUAUCUCCCAUAUACAGACAUCGCUUUGUUGCAAUAUUUUUAUUAGUGUAUUAAUUAUAUUAGUAAUGUAUUCAUUUUAAACUAUUCAUAUGUAGUCAAUGUGAUAUUAAAUGUAGGUAAAUGAUUAAUAUUAUAUAAAUAAACCAUUAUCUUCUAAUUAACAUGUAAGAUGCUUUAUUUUUUUCGUAUAAUUUAUCAUAAUAAUAAAAAUAUAUAUAUGUACAUUACUAAAAUAUUACAAUGUACAUAUAACAAACUUGAAAAUUAUUUCGUAAUAAAAUUAUUCUAAUUAUUGAUUAGGAGUAAGUAAUACUAUAUGUAUAUAAUGGUAAAUGAUAUUGUGUAAAUUCGAGUAUGUUCUUAGAUGAGCUGAUUUUGCUUAUGAAUAUAUAAUUACGUUAUUUUUUGCGAUCUAGACUUGUAACGUAUGUUUGCAGAUAAUUCAAUAAUAAAUAUGAUGUAAUAAAUCUUUGAAAUUAAAAUUGUAAAUUUAUGAAUAUAAGUAAUGUACCUAUUACACAAUUGUAUAUAUUUAUAUACAUGUAAAUAAAGUUAUUUCAUCUAA